AUGUCCGGCAGUACCCGAUACUUAUUUCAUGACAUCGGCCCUCGAAACUUUGCCGGUGACAGCCCAGCGCUUGACAUAGGCCCUAUAAUUUCGUCUUGGUGGUCACCAACGCCGACACCCGCACCCGCCCCAGGAGAAAAAUAUGAUCCCACAAACCCUAAGAUGAACCCUCUCAACCCGCAAGGUCUUAAACCAUGUUGCGCCUGCCCAGAAACGAAAUCUGCUCGCGAUGCCUGUUUCCUCCAGAACGGCAGCGAAGAAGGUAAAUGCGUCGAGCUACUCAAGAAGCAUGUCGAAUGCAUGCGAGGGCUUGGAUUCAACAUCUAG